CCACGGUAUUUCGCGCCUUACCAAUAGCAUUGCGGCAUCCUUGCCAUUUCUGCAUCAGACCAUCGCCGACGAUUGCCAAGCACCUUAUUGGGAAAUGGCCAAACCCUGUCAUUUCGCGGACGUCAAGUAACGGUGUCUGUUCAACAAUCAUUCCCGAAGUGCAAGUAUUUAACGAGAAACAUGGCCUGAACAUUCAGAGUUACAAAGACCUCCACGAUUUCAGUCUGAGAGACCCGGCAUUAUUUUGGGGGACUCUGGCUAAAAGUCGACUUGAUUGGUACCGUGAAUUUGACCAAGUAAUGAAUUGUGAUUUUACGAAAGGAAAAAUUGCCUGGUUCCAAGGAGGGCAACUGAACGUCACGGUUAACUGUGUUGAUAGACAUAAAGAUAGAACUCCUGAUAAAAUUGCAUUGAUAUGGGAAAAAGAUGAACCAAAUAUGCAUGAAACACUGACAUACAAGGAGCUGUACGAGUUGAUGAAUCAGUUCGCAAAUGUUCUCAAGAAUCAUGGUGUGCUGAAAGGCGAUAGAGUAUGCAUUUAUAUGCCAGUGUCACCUCUUUCUGUGGCAGCCAUGUUAGCAUGUGCUCGUAUUGGUGCAGUUCACAGUGUUGUAUUUGCUGGUUUUAGUGCUGAAGCACUUGGAAGUCGAAUUAGAGCUGCAUCGUCAGAGGUUGUCAUAACAACAGAUCAAGGAGUACGUGGAGGAAAAAUAAUUGAUUUAAAGAAAACUGUAGAUGCAGCUGUUGCGAGUUGUCCAACUGUUAAGAAGGUGUUUGUAACACAGAGAACUGGAGCUGAGGUACCAAUGGGAGAGCUGGAUAUACCAGUGGAAGCUGAACUUGCUGGCCAGCCUACAGAAUGUAACCCGGAAAUAAUGGAUAGUGAAGAUAUGCUAUUUAUGCUGUAUACUUCAGGUAGUACUGGUCAACCUAAAGGUUUAGUCCAUACACAGGCUGGAUACCUACUGUAUGCUGGCUUCACACACCAGACUGUUUUUGACUACCAAAAAGAUGACAUCUUUGCAUGUGUUGCUGACAUUGGAUGGAUUACUGGUCAUUCAUAUGUUGUGUAUGGACCAUUGUUUAAUGGAGCUACCACUGUGUUGUUUGAGAGUAUACCAACAUAUCCAGACCCUGGUCGUUACUGGGAGAUGGUAGAACGGUUGAAGGUUAACCAGCUUUACUGUGCUCCGACUGCUAUUAGAUUAUUAUUGAAGUCUGGUGAGAAACAUGUCAACAAGUACGAUAGAUCAUCUCUUAAAACUAUCGGAUCAGUUGGUGAACCCCUGAAUCAUGAAGCUUGGGAAUGGUAUUACAACGUUGUUGGGCAAAAGCGAUGUACUUUGGUCGACACUUGGUGGCAAACCGAAACUGGGGGUAUAUUAAUUUCUCCACGUCCAUCAGAGCCAUUUGGUGAAUUGAGGCUUGGACCAAUGAGAGCUUUACCUGGAAUAGAACUUGUUCUCAUGCAUGAUAUGGAGAAGGAUAAGGAAAUGAAAGGUAACGAUGCAUAUGGUGCAUUAUGUGUUCGAACGCCGUGGCCCGGUAUUGCACGUACAGUAUAUGGUGAUCAUCAGCGCUACAUUGAUACAUACUUUAAAACCUAUCCAGGGUUGUAUUUUUCUGGUGAUGGUGCACAUCGUGAUCACUAUGGUUACUAUUUGAUCACUGGUCGUAUGGAUGAUGUCAUUAACGUCAGUGGACAUCGGCUGGGUACAGCUGAAGUUGAAGAUGCCAUGGAUGAGCAUCCCGCUGUAGCAGAGACAGCUGUGGUAGGAUUUCCACAUGAUAUCAAAGGAGAAGGUGUGUAUGCUUAUGUGACUUUAAAAGAUGAUAUAGAGGGAGAGCCUGAAGAACAGAUAAUGGAGGAACUGAAAGAACUUGUUCGUCAACAGAUUGCAAGUUAUGCUGUCCCAGAAAUGAUACAGGUGGCUCCAGGAUUACCCAAGACAAGAUCUGGAAAAAUUAUGCGACGUAUUCUACGUAAAAUUGCUGCAAAUGAACAUGAAGAUUUGGGUGACAUCACCACACUUGCUGAACCAAACGUUGUGGAGGCCAUCGUUAAGAAUCAUGAUGUAAUUAUGGAACAGAGAAACAAGCAUUUAACAAAGAAAAAAGAUUCCCUAAGUUCUUAAACUUUUAAAAACAUAAGACGAAUCAUGAGGUACACAAAAUGUUCAUAUAUUUUGGUCUGAAGUUAAACAAAAACAAGUAAAAUAGUAAAUACACAAAUAUGACAAAACCUAACACUUAUUUGGUUUUUAACAUAUUUUACUGUUCCUAAAACAUGAUAAUUAAUGUUUGGAAAUCGCGAUGGAACUAUUUUUAGCCCAUUUGAUACACUUCAGAGUGUGCUUUUGUAGACUUAGUUCAACAUAUCUUACCCCAGGUAGUAUCUCAUUUAUUUGUAAAUACCAACC